GGUAUGACUGUAUUUGAGUUUUGUUAUUGUUUUGAAAGUGGAAAAGAAUUUUUCCUCGAUUUUCCUGGCCAGAUGAAGCGAAGAAGUGAAGUGCCUACAGCAAGAAGACCUAAGCGGGGCAUACAGAUGAAUAAUUCGGGUUUUUCAGAACCUUGUCCAGAGUUAUUCUUCCCCAGGACAUCCAAUGAGAUACAUAUUGCUAGGAAUUGGCGACCAACACUUCCGCUGCAGCUGCAGUCGCUUCUCCUGAACCCCGUGCGACCAGCUCCUCCACCUUCACCGCCAGUUCCUACUCCGCCACCACCACCGAAUCCACGACCAAAUCCACCGGAACCCCCAAAUCAGAGAGCAAGUCGUCGGGAACCUAAAUUCAGGAAUUGGAGGAAGCCCACAACCCACCAGACCAGUGACACAAAUGGCGAUGCCUCCAUGGCUAAGAUGUUGCUAAUUAAGUUUCCUGACCCAAAAAUCACGCGGGAACUUGUGCAGAAAUUCUCAAGCUCCAUUGAUUUGGUAGUCUUUCAGCAAUCAGUUGCACCACGUCAGUGCCUCGUGAGGCUCCAUCCGGAAGCAGAUGUGGAGGCUGCAAUUGCAGAACUGUCCAGGAUACCUUUUGGCGGGGGAAUGAUUUCGGCUGAAUUGAAGAAUCCUGACAAGGAGAUUAAAUCCAAUUCCUUGGAUGAAAUUGAUUUUUGUCGAAUAAUUGUGGGGAAUCUACCACUAAAUGUGCCCCAGGAAGCCAUUAAAGGGAUUUUUCCUACAGCAGAUAGUGUGGAAAUAAGCCCUUUCAUACGGCUGAAGAGCUCACAGACUGCCGUCUUUCAAUUCAAAUCCAAAGAGGAAGCUUUUGAUGUGUACAGGCAGAAUCGGAAGUUGCUGUUUGAGAAUCGACACCUCACAAUUCGCUUCUACCGCAAACGUGCUCUAGCAAACAAAUCACGGGUAUCUGCAACUGAGAAGACUCCAAGUCAGGAAGAGAGGAGUCCGGAGAAGAAAAGAAAAGCUGAUUCUGGACCUUUAGACGGUUCCUCUGAAAGGGACUCCAUUUCCACAGAAACUGCAUCUGAACGAGUUGAAUCAAAUUCAGAAGAGAUUGAUACCAAAGAUAAUGUUUUCGGGGAAGCUGCCAAGUUAAUUGAAGACUUUUCAUCCCGAACAACUCCUCCUUAUAGCCCAGACAUAACCGUGAAGAUGGAAAUAGAAGAAAACCCACCAAGUAUACAUCCAGAAAUUCCUGAAACUGCAGCAACAGCGAUUAAGAGUGAAUUAAAUGAAACAGAUUCAGAGGAAUUGGAAGACAAGAUCUAUGAGAAGCUCAUCAGCGCCAAGGAGUCGGUGGAGGAGCAUGAAAAAGCAAACGAAGAUGACGAUGAAAAGUCGGAAGUGAGUCAGGAGGAGACAAAUGAUGGGGAUAUACUAAAGUGCAGCUCCAAUAAAUGGAAUGUUCUUAGACAGGAUGAGGAGCUACAGCUAGAAACAGUCGGACAGCAAGGCCCAAUUGACUGCGAUUCCAUGUCCUGUGGCAGCUUUCUCGCCACUUCCGUCUUCGGGAGAACAAAUCAAGCAUCUCUCGUCGAUACUUGGUAAUGAUUUUGGGGAUUCUGAUGAACCACAAGAUCCCGAAAUGGAUGAUUUGUUGAAUAAACUUAAUCCGGAUGAUUCAGACGAGGAAGAAUUUAAUGUGUUCAACCCAUAAAGGGGGUAAGUGCUUUGCUUAAUUUUUCAGAAUUAUUGCACUAAAUCUAAGAGCUUGAGACUUUUUUUUAUCAAUGAACUUGAUAUUGAAAGUCUUCGUAUUCGUUUCGACAAAAUAACUUUAUAAUUUCCUCAAUAAAAUGACUUUUAAUUUAAUAUUUUAUUAUGUUCUCUCUGCUUGUUUUUUAAACUGAAAAUUCCCCAAAAUUGGUCAUUUCAUCAGAAAAUUCUUUUUAUUUUAUAAAAUCAUUCAUAUCAAAUCAUGUGAAAAAAAAAUUCCAAUAAAAAUUGAAAUAUUGAGAUUUAAUUUUUAAUCAAUGGCAUAUGCAAUAAAAUAUGCGAAUUUGUUUAAA